AUAUGACAGCCGAUGCCAGCUGUUCAUUGUGUUUCUCUAAAAUGUUGUACUGUGAUGUUGUAAACCGUAGUAAACAAAGUUAAUUAAGUAUUUAAUUAUUAAAAAUGUGUGAUAGAUAUAAUGCAAUAGAAGAAAAGUUACGAAUAAACUGAAAUUAAGGAUGAAUUAAAUAGGAACUCGACUUAAUACAGUAUCGUACUAAAACUUAAUUUUAAACAUAAGUUCUGUGAUAUUUACUUUUGUGUAUAAUAUAAAGAAAAAUAAACCAAGUUAAUAUGGUUCGAAUUAGGUGGCUAACGCGGACAUCCCGUAUCGUUGCACUAUGUAGUUUUGCGAACUUUAUUAACAGUGCAGACCGAGUUAUAAUGCCCAUAGCAAUUGUACCGAUGACCAAAGUUUUUGGAUGGAAUUUACAUUUGCAAGGAUGGAUUCUUUCCGCGUUCGCCCUAGGCUAUUUCACUUCUCAAAUCAUAGGAAGUUUUUGGGCUUCAAAAUUGGGAGCCAAAAAUGUCUUAAUAUGUAGCGUUUUAUUAUGGAGCAUAGCCACAUUCAUCACACCGUUUUUAGCCAGUAGUGUGGCUUUAUUAAUAAUUUGUCGUAUUAUUCUAGGAUUUGCAGAGGGCUUAGGUCUUCCGACAAUUUUCCAUCUAUUCGCCAACAGCAUACCUGUAGAAGAACGUUCUAGAGCAUUCUCGUACUUACUAGCAUCCGGUUCGGUAGGCCAGACCGUAGCCUCAAUACUAUGCCCCCAUUUCGACUGGGAGGCUUGCUUCUUUUGGUUUGGUUCCUUCGGCUUCAUGUGGGUGUUCCUAUGGUUCUGUUUCUACCCAAGAGAAAUCUUCGGAUCGGAAGAAACCAUACCUUUACACAUGCCUAAAGUUAUUUCAAACAACACACACUGGGCCGAUUUCAUUUUAAGUAAACCUCUAUGGGCGAUAUAUACAGCUCACUUUGCUAUGAACUGGUCGUCCUAUAUAAUCAUGAACUGGCUUCCAACAUACAUGCAUACUUUUCUAGGAGCAAACGCUCACAGCUUAAGCUUGACAGCUGUGCCGUACAUUAUAAAUUCGUUAUUCGGUAUAAUAUCGGGUCAUGUAGCUGACGGACUUCUCCUAAAUAAAAGCUGGAGUAUUCUGAACGUAAGGAGACUUAUGACGUGUAUAGGACUGGUAGGGCCAGCUCUAUUUCUAGCUAUGUUUGGCGUAGUGGAACAUCUUUGGUUCGCGCUGAUUCUCGUGAGUAUAUCCAUGGGUUUAAGUGCCUGUAACUCGGCAGGGCAUCUAAGUAAUCACGUGGAUGUUGCACCUAAUCAUGCCGGGACUACGUUUGCUAUCAGCAAUACUAUAGCAACGAUUCCGGGGAUUCUUUGUGGUCAUGUUACAGCAAGUUUAGUAACGAUGUCCGAUGGGAAAUGGUUGGGAGUGUUUUUGGGAGCUACGUUCAUUAAUUUGACUGGAGCUUUUGUGUAUUUUACGAAUAGUGUAGCCACGCAGAUUUUGUAAAUAUAUAUACCUGUUGUAUAGAUGCAUAUAUUCGUAUUUCCCUGUAAUAUAAAUUAUUGUAAUAUGUGAAA